AUGAGUGCUCAAACGGCAAAUCCUCCAACAGAAGAGCCUUUUCUUGGGCCUAAUCUCAAUAUCACACUUGUCUGUCCAGAAUGCAAAAUUUUCCCCCCUGACUUGAUCGAAAGAUUUAGUGAGGGUGAUAUUGUUUGCGGAAGCUGUGGAUUGGUUCUUAGUGACAGGGUAGUUGACACCAGGUCGGAAUGGAGAACAUUUAGUAAUGAUGAUCAAAACGGUGAUGAUCCAAGUCGUGUAGGUGACGCUGGAAAUCCGUUGUUAGACACGGAAGAUCUUUCGACAAUGAUCUCUUAUGUUCCUGAAAAUGUGAAAGCCGGGAGAGAGUUGAACAGAGCACAAUCCAAGUCUUUAGUGGACAAGAAGGAUAAUGCCUUAUCGGCAGCAUAUGCCAAGAUAUCACAAAUGUGCGAUGGAUAUCAGUUACCGAAGAUUGUUCAGGAUGGGGCAAAGGAAGUGUACAAAUUAGUUCAUGACGAACGAUUACUUCGAGGAAAAUCACAAGAGUCUAUUAUGGCAGCCGCUAUAUUCAUUGGUUGUCGUAAGGCAAAGGUGGCUCGUACAUUUAAAGAGAUUUGGGCAUUGACUAAUGUGCCAAAAAAGGAGAUUGGAAAGGUAUUCAAAAUCAUCAAGCGGGUUAUCCAAGAGAAGAACGAAACAAACCCAGGUGCUUAUUCCCUCAUAAAGGACAGCGAGCAAACGACACAAACGUCAGCUGAAGAUUUGAUAAGACGUUUCUGUUCUCACUUAGGUUUGAGCAACGAAGUGACGAACGCCGCAGAAUACAUCGCUAGAAGAUGUAAGGAGUCGGGUAUCUUAGCUGGGCGUUCUCCAAUUACGAUUGCAGCUACAGUUAUCUAUAUGACCUCCUUACUUUUUGGAGCUGAAGUAACACCAUCAAAAAUUGCCAACAAGACUGGUGUGAGCGAUGGUACUAUCAAAACCUCAUUGAAAGUUAUGUAUGAAGAUCGGGAAAAAUUGAUUGACCCGAGCUGGGUUAAAAGCGGUAAAGUGAAGUUGGAAAAUCUUCCUAAAUAUUCCCGUGACUAA